AUGUACGCCAAUUCCGUACUUGGUGUCUGGCCGUACAUAUUUCAAGGCAACCCAAAGCUACGCAAACUGUACAACAUAUACUCGAAAUUCAUGUUAUCAUACUUCUUGUUCUUUCUGUUAACUGCUUUGAUCCAACUCUACAUCCUAAUAACUGAUGACGAACUUAAAGUUGAAGAAAUAGGGGCCAACCUUUCCAUUACCCUGCUGUACCCCAUCACAGUUAGGAGGGUGUUGGUUAUAAGAAGUACCAAAAUGAAAAAACUAAUUAAAAAAAUCUUGGCUGCGGAAGAGGCUAUUCUGGGGGGCAAAGAUGAGGAAGUUUUGAAGAUAUAUAAGUUUCAUGCCCAGCAGAGUCAAUUCACUAAUCUCUUGUUCAUCGUCGGCAUCGCUGUACAGGCAGUGUUCUACUUUACCCAUCCACUGUCCCUCGAUGACGUAGUAAAGUUCAACAACGUCACCAAUGAGACCACGAUCAUCAAAGCUCUACCGAUGUCGUCAUGGUUACCCUACGACCCCCAAAAGCAUUAUCUAAUAAGCUAUUUAUGGCACAUGUUCAACGGAUUGAUUGGGGCUUCAUACGUAACUGUUGCCGACGCUUUCAGCUUCAGCAUGAUCAUAUUCCCAUUGGGACAGAUUAGGAUCUUGCUUCAUGUUUUAACCAAUUUUUCAGAAUAUGUAGGGAAAGUUAUGGAGCAGAAUCAGUGUGACAGAGACCAGGCUAGCUUCCUCACCUUGAGGGAGUGUAUUAUAAAACAUAAAGAAAUUAUCAGGUACUAA